AUGAACCAUAAUGAAGGCGGAAAUGCCGAAUCCAGGAUUAAGGAUAGCCAAGCUAGCCCGGUGUAUUACGCAGCAUUGCUUGGCUUGACUCACACAGUUCAGUUUUUAACGGCUGGGAACAAGUUUUCCGCUGAGGAGAAAGUCAUCCUGGGACGGACAGCUUUAGUAGCAGCCAGUGAAAAAGGUCAUUACCAGAUAGUUGAGGAUCUACUUGCAAGUGCUAUCUGGAGGUGCUAUCUUAAGGUGGUUAAGCUCCUUCUUAACUAUCUUAAGAUGUAUCAUGUAAAAGCUAUCUUAAGCUAUCUUAAGGUGGUUAAGCUCCUUCUUAACUAUCUUAAGAUGUAUCAUGUAAAAGCUAUCUUAAGCCAUCUUGAGGUGUUAGAUACCAGUUAUUACUGCCUCAUUAAAUGGCCAUCUUAA